AAAAGAAUACGUGCACCAGCCAAUGAGCUAUUGUCUUUCUCUUCCUGGUUUCCUUAAAAAGGUAACUUACGCCUAUGUUGGACCGGCGUUGGCAUCGGCUCCGGCUCAACGACCGGUGCUCGCAAUCGCGGGAAAACAGGGGACCCAAUAAGUGGGGCGGCCCGAAAGGCAGUUUAAACGUCACAUUUCCCACCUCCAAAUGACUCCGAGACUCGGAACCAACGCUAGAUCUUACCUUUACAAGACAAGCCGUCAACACACUCGAAUCUUUCGCCAGGUUCAUACCAGGGAAGGAAACUCGAGACGAUGCUCCUCCAGAUCCUGGGGUCUCUCCAACACCUCCGGGCCUCAACCAUCGUCUACGCUCUCAUCGCCCUCCUCCUCCCCGUCACCCUCACCGUAGCCUUCAUCCUCCACAAUGGCGACGCAGCAUCCACGCGCAGGAAGCUCCGGAACCUGGAGUCCUUAGGUGUUCCGGCCAACAAAAGCCACAUGGCAGAUCAAUUCGACUCCAAAUAUGCCCUCCCAGAAGACACACCAUCGGGCAACCAGGGGCCGAUCCGCAUCAAGUCAAUCUACAUCCAUCCGAUCAAAUCCUGUGGCUUCAUCGAAGUAGACAGAGCCCUCCUCACAAAAACAGGAUUCGCAUACGACAGAUGCUUCGCCCUCGCAGCCGAGACGCCCGACCCGGAAACGGGCGCCGUCUCCUGGAAACUCAUUAGCCAGCGCACAAAGCCAAACAUGUGCCACAUCCACACAGAAAUCUACCUCCCCAGGAAGAACAGCGAUCAGCGAGACCCUCUAGUCCAAGCCGGCGGCUGCGUCCUCGUAACCUUCUCAGACCCAGACCCCCCAACCUGGACCCAACGCAUCGAGACCCUCCUCUCAAACCCCUUCAACCCCUCCGCAACACCCCAAAUCUCCUUCACCGUGCCCCUGAACCCUUCCUCAACCCUCGUAGACGAAUUCAAAAUCGGCCUCAAAACCUUUGGCAUCCACGCCCGCGAUGCCUCCGGCCUAGACAUGUCCCGCAUCCCCUCCGUCGCCACGACUCUCCUCCCAAAACUGAAGAAAUUCCUCGCCAUUCCGCGGAACCGCGGCCUGACGCUCACGCGCUGCACGCCCGAGACCUUGACGCGGACGACCCUCAACCUCGCGCCCGUGAGCUACAUCGGGUCGCCCGCUGUCCACGGAUACACGGACCAGCAGCCCGUCAACCUCAACAGCUUAUCCUCCGUCCACGCCGUCUCCGCACUGCUGCCGCCGGAAAACAGACCGCUUGACGCCCUCCGCUUCCGCGCGAACUUAUGGGUUACGGGAGCGCCGGCGUACGUGGAAGAGACGUGGAAACGAUACCGCAUUAUUCCCAAAGGAAACCUCUCAAACAACAGCAGGCCGCGGGCGGAGGUCUCACCGAAGCUCUCCGUCGUCUGCAGAACAUCCCGCUGUACGAUGCCAAACGUCAAUCUCGCUACAGCGACCUUUGACACGGAGAACCCGGCGUCAGCUGAAAAGAAGAAAGGAAAGCCGCAGCCUAGCUCGACGCUGAUCGAGCACCGCAUCCCUGAGACGGGGAACCCCAAGGCGCUGGGGUACCUCGGGAUGCAUUGCGUGCCGGAGGACGAUGAUCUGGAUGAGGCUAGGAGGCAGGGGAAGGGGCUGUAUGUCCAUGUCGGCGAUGAGGUCGAAGUUCUUGAGACGGGGGAGCAUUUGUAUGGGUCUACUGCGAAUGAUUAUUGAGGCGGCUACUUCCCGGGAGGGUUUGAGCUAAGGAGACCGGAGUGACAAUGAAAGCGGUGCCGCUUGAGACUUGCGUCGAAAGGUAAUGAAGGCGAUGUCUCUAUCAGCUUAUUGAGAAGGGGACGUGGAAGCUACCCGGUUCAAGCUGCUUAGGAGCCAGUGUGACGUUGAAGAGUUCAUCCUUUGUGGUUAAGGGUCCCCGCUAGAUGGAAGACCUGGAUGGCUUUCCUAGCCACUUGGAAGUUGUUAUAGAGAAAUUACCCACGAACUCAAAACCUCUCUUGUUCGGCCUCAUUCAAUGGCAAGUCUGAUACUUAGCAUAGACAGUGGUGUAGUCAAAAGUUGAUAGUGAUGGCUUUGGGCCGGUAUACGCCAACAUGAUGUCCCUCACAACCCAGC